GAAGUGGGGCGACAGCCAAUCCGGGUCCUUGGUCCUCCCUCCACGCGCGUCAUAUCCAUGUCAGUUUGAGAAAAGCCGAACGCACGCGACAAGCAAAAACUACCGCUUUGCUUUUCACGGUUAGGACAGGACUGAAGGGUCUCCACUCAGGGAUGGCUCCACGGAUAGAUGAUGUCAUGCGUCUGUGCUGUGAAUUAUCAGCUCACGAUCAGAUCAAGGUGGCCGUGAAGAACUCCACCAAAGGAGCCGUAGUAGCAGGAGGAACUGCCUUCGUAGGCGGGCUGCUCGGUGGACCUCCUGGUAUUGCUGUUGGGGGAGCAGUAGGCGGUCUGCUGGGCAGCUGGCUGACCAGCGGCCAGUUCCGGCCUCUGCCUCAGAUCCUGAUGGAGAUGCCCCCCGCCGAGCAACAGAAGCUCUACAACCACAUCCAGACCGUCCUAGGGAACCUGAACUGGAUGGACGCGGCCCAGCUCAUCGCCCUGGUGAUGGGCAACGCCACUCUGCAGCAGCAGGUCACUGCCGCACUGGUCAACUACAUCACACAGGAACUCAAAGCAGAGGUGCGCUAUCAAGACUGAGUGCUAGUUCCACACAGACUUUUUUUUUAGGGUGGUCAGACCUGCUAAACACAAGCGGAGUCCUCUGCAACAGGUUUUUGUACUUCACUGGACAAACUGAAUCAUGGGUGUUUCACUUUCUCAACUGGGGCAAAUGGAGAAGUUAGCCUUUGCUAUUUUCAGAGUGUCUAACAACAGAGGUGGAAGGUAACCAAGUUCAUGUUCUCAGGUACUAAGUACAAAUUUUAAGGUACUGUCAUACUACAUAUUAUACUACUUUAUAUUUACCACUGCUACUCCUCGAUAUUUAUUUGGCAGAUUCACAUUAUAAAUACUAAAUUGAAAUCCUCUAAUAAAUUAUGAACUAUUAUUAUACAGUGGCUUGAAUAGGUUUACACACCCAUGCUAAGGUUGAUUUAAAAAGAGGAAUAAAAAACAUCUUUUGGAAAUUGAUCUUAAUGCCUUAAUGAAAAAAAUUAGGAAAAUCCAACCUUUUAAGAAUUUUCUUUGUGAAUGAAUAAAUGUUCUUCCUUAAAAUACAGGGGCUAGAAGGGUAUGUGACGAUGUGGGGUUAGUUUAAUUCCAAAGGCUAAGGAAACUUUAUCAGGAUGCAUAGUAUCCUGGAUCCAUGAAAUAACUGGCCUUUAAUAAUAAAAAUCUGCCUGUCUCUAUGGGAAUUUAACAUAGGGGGGUGUAUAUUUAUGCCCCCUGGAUUUUAAGGAAGAACAUUUAUUUUUUUACAAUACAUUAUUCAUUCACCCAAAAAAUUGGUGUCCUUUAAAAGGUUGGAUUUUCCAAAUUUCUUUUGAAUUAAGGCAUUAACAUCAAUUUCCAAAAUCCACUACCUUUUUAAUCCACUUUUGCCUGGGUGUGUAGUAGGUGUAGCAAUAUAUCUAUUAGCUGAAGUUAGCUUCACCUUCAUUUGCUGUAAUAUUAGAGACGCUCACACAUUAAUGAACCGCUAAUUAAAAUCCAGUGAUAUUAUAAAUAUUGUUCUGACCAUUCUGCCUGAUGAGUGCUUUAACUAUUGGUAUUUUGGUAGUUUAUUUUAAUGUCAAUAGGAAGUAAAAGAUCUGAGUACCUAAUCCACCACCACGUCUGCCUUACAUGAAAGAAAUCAUAGUCACCAUAGAAAGAUAUCUGUGUCACUCAAUUAUGAAUAAAUAGUGACAUUAGCACAAAUUAUGUUUUGUACAACAGACGCCAAAUUUCCUCUCUGCUUUUU